UAUAACUGCUUGGAGAAUGAGGAGAUAAUUGUUAGUUUUGAGGGUUACCAAGAUGAUUGACAAGCUAUUACUGGUGCUCUCCAUCGCAGCCACUGCAACAGCGAAGGAAAUCUGCUAUAGGAAGCUGGGAUGUUUCACAGAUGGCCCCCCAUAUUCUGAUACUUUGGAAAGGCCUUUUAGUUGCUUGCCGUGGCCCCCGGAGGUGAUUGGUACUCAGUUUCUGCUCUUCUCUAGAGUUCAAGACGCGUUUAAGAUUGUGACUGUCAGGAAUUUGUCGUCUUCAACCUUCAGUCCCAGUAAGAAGUCUUGCUUUAUCAUCCAUGGAUACCUAGAUAAUGGCUAUGAGCCCUGGAUUGUGGCAAUGUGUAAGUCAUUGCUCCAGGUGUCGGACGUGAAUUGUUUCAGCGUGAACUGGAAUUAUGGUGCUCAUGCUCUGUAUCCCCAGGCUGCUAAUAAUGUCCGUGUGGUUGGGGCUGAACUGGCUUUCUUCAUCGACUCUCUCUUGGAUGCAGACUACUCCCUUUCUGACAUUUAUCUCAUUGGUCAUAGUCUGGGGGCUCAUGUUGUUGGGGAAGCUGGUAAAAGGCGGCCUGGAAUAGCAAGAAUCUCUGGUCUGGAUCCCGCUGGGCCGUAUUUCCAAGAUACACCACCCGAAGUCCGACUCAACCCCACAGAUGCUGUUUUUGUUGAUGUGAUCCACACUAAUGGCUGGUCUUUGCUGCAUUUUGGGUUCGGUAUGACUCAGCCUGUUGGUCAUCUGGACUUUUAUCCCAACGGAGGGCAGAGCAUGCCAGGCUGUGAUGAACUUUCUUUCUCAUUCGGAAACAUUGAUGACAUGUUUGAUGAAUUUGAUGACAAGGUUACUUGUAACCAUCGGAGAAGUCACCAGUUGUUUCAGGAAAGCAUUUUGCAACCUUAUGGCUUUAUCGGCUACCCAGCAACAUCAUACAGUGCCUUCCAACAGGGUGCUGGGUUCCCCUGCAGCAACAAAAGCUGUGCCAUCAUGGGUUAUUAUGCUGAUGGCUACACCCAAGAUCCAACUAUGAGAUGGACCUUCUACCUUGUCACUGGAGACACCAACAACUUUCUACGCUGGAGGUACCACGUAUCCAUCACAAUUGCUGGGUCAGAGUUUGUUUUGGGGUCUCUUUCAGUGUCUCUCUGUGGAAAGAAAAUAUGUUCCAGUCGGUAUGAAAUUUAUAGUGGACUCCUUCGUUCUGGUUCAACGUACUCUUCUUUCAUUGAUGUGGAGUUAGAUGUCAAGCCCAUCCAGAAGGUGGAAUUCAUUUGGCAUAAAAUGGCACUCUACUUCCUACAUCCCAAACUAGGUGCCUCGGCUGUCGUUGUGCAAUAUGGACCAAGUGGGGCGAUGUGCAUGUUUUGUGCAGAUGACCUGACUGAAGAAGAUGAAAACCAGACUCUGGAAAAAUGUUCCUUAUCCCAUCCUUUGACUUUUAUAGAUGGCUAAUGGAAGAAAUAAAAACCAUGAUUGUAAAGUCUUGUA